ACUACCACCACCACACAGCUUCACUAAGAAAGAACACCUUCUUUAUCCUCCGCGUUCCUUGGCUACUCUCCUAUAUACCGACGGAAAUCGCAUAAUUAAUUAUACAUUUUGUUGCGCACCUUAUCUUCUCCGCUUGCAUGACCGUUCCCCAAAGGUCCGGUUGUCGUCGUCGUUUUCCCUCUAACCCCAACCCCUCCACCACCCCCAUCACACACCUCGGGCACCCUUACCCAGAAAUGUCGGAAAGACAGAACCUGGAGUCCCAGUGGAUCUUCACUGAGGAAGAGCUUUUGCGCACCCCCUCCGUUCUGGAUGGUAUCUCGCCAGAGUUGGAGCGGGAACAGCGGGGGAAGGGAUGCAAUUUUAUAUUGCAAAUGGGGAUCCAGCUAAAACUUCCGCAACUAACACUGGCCACAGCGUCAGUGUUUUUGCAUAGGUUUUAUAUGCAGAAUUCUCUCAAGAAACAUCAUUAUUAUGAAACCGCCGCUACAGCCCUAUUCGUAGCGACUAAGGUCGAAGAGAACAUGCGAAAGUUCGGCGAACUUGUUGCUGCUUGUGUACGAGCCGCUCAGAAAAACCACGCCCUUGAAGUACACCGGGACGAUAAAGAAUUCUGGAAAUGGAAGGAUUGCAUCUUGACCAAAGAAGACUACCUCCUUGAAUCCAUUUGCUUCGACCUCUCUGUCGAAGCCCCAUACAACCUCCUCCUGCAAUACACCAAUAAGCUAGGCGUCCAGACACGGCAACUCAUCCGCACGGCCUGGACCUUCAUAAACGACUCAACUCUUACAAUGUUGUGCCUACUCUACCCCAGCAAGACUAUUGCAGCUGCCGCGCUAUAUUGUGCCGCAAAGCAUUGUGGAAUAGAAUUCCCGGAUCAGGACGGAAAGGCUUGGUGGGAUGUGAUUGGCGUGUCAAUCAAGGAUAUCAAGAGAGCAUGCAACUACAUGGCGAUGGUUUACGAGAAAAACCCUCUCCGAGGCGAGGACGGCGUUCGAUACGUCGCUACCCCAGAAAAUGGAGCUGAAACCACUCGGACAAGAGUCCUUGCCGUCAAUAAUUCGAGCCCCCCGGCUGAGAGUGUUUCUCGAAGUAGGACCGAGAGCAGAUCUGGCAGUGAGGGUGGGAAAAGAAUGAGGGAUCAAAGCAGAACCGACGAGGAAAUAUCUGAAGAGGCUGUAAAGAAGAAGCUCAAGCUUCAUGAAGAAGCUGUCGGAAAUGGGGUUGAGGUGCCUGAAAAUAACUCUUCAAUGAGGGGGAAAGAGAAGGCACCGCCGCCCCCACCACCCCCUGAGAAACCUGAGAGUGGUGAGCUCGAAGAAGGAGAAGUGGAUGACUAGGUGUAUUAUGACCCCUCCCUCCCACCCCCUAUCUAUAUAUCUCUCAGGAAGAGUGAGAGGAUGUGUGGGUUGACUUUGCUCUUUCAUGGCUUCCUCCUAUCCAUCCCUAUCAUACUUUGCUAUCCACCCCUUCCUUUAUACAAUUCUCUUCUCUUUUGUCUCCCUUCCGCGUCCACCUCUUUGGUGUACCCCCCCCUUCUCUCGUAGAAUGGACUACCUCUGCACACCCGCCUACACAAACAGGAAAAAACGCGAAGCUUGACUACCAAAAAAAAAAUAAACAUAUCCGCUCGUAAUCCUUUACCCCCGGCUCGGUUGUAAUACUUUAUUAAUCGGUGAUUGGAGUUUUCCUUUUCCUCUUCUCCAACCAUUCAGUCUCCUUGUUCUCACUCACUCUAUUUCCAUUCUCCUUAUACUUGCUUUAUUCGUUCCGGUGAUGGGAGGAGUGGUCUUUUCGUUCUUCCUUUCCUAUCAUGUGUAUUUAUUAUGGACGGGUUGGAGUUGGAGUUUUUUCCUUUGGUUCGUUGGACGGCUCGAUUUGCUGAUGGAGGUAGCGGGGGGCGGGGGAAGUUUAGCAUAGCUUAGCCUAUGACAGGUGGUAAUUGAUGUUCCGUUGUUUGUAUUAUGGGUGAGAAGACUUUAUCUGCUG